AUGGCGCAGGCUAGCGCUUCUCCCGAAGUUACCACACUUGAGUCUCCACCUGAGCAUCUCUUGCGGGAGAUCUGUCAGUAUCUGGACAGCCCAAAUCUGCCCAACUUCAGUCUUGUCAACAAGUUUUGCAAAGGCAUCAGCACCUCAUGCCGAAGAUGGAAGAUCAAGUCCGAGGUGUCCACGCCCGCGAAACUGCAACAAGAUGUAGAGCUAUAG